UGGAGGGUAGAGGCGAAGGAACUGGCAAGAGCGGGAAGGCAAGAAUGAAUGUGGAAAAGAGGAGGGACAGAUGAAGUAGCGGGCAGCGAAGUUGUUGCGGGGAGCUUUCCAGGGGGGAGGCCUGAGCUGAGACAAGGGAGGCCUGCCCAACAUGGUCAAGGCGGGAAAGUGCGGAGCCUGUGCCAGGGAGGAAAGAGGGUGGAGGCGGAGCAGCAACAGCGGCCGUCCCGGAGUUCAGCGUGGGGACUGAGGCAAAGAAGCGGGCUUGGCAUGACGCCUUAAUAGGAGGAGGCACGAAAAGGUUCCCUCCUCUUUCCUCCCUCCUCCCCGUAGUUGGCAAGAUUGGAUCUCGCUUGCUCUUCUGCUGGCCGCCCUCACCCCAUGUCUCUGCCGGUGGUGCUGCCGGGCUCCUGCUGCCCUAUGGCUGGGCUGUCGGCGGUGGCCGAGACCGCCGCCCAGGCCCCGUCGUUGCCGCCUCCGCCUCCUCUCCGGCCCCGCGGGUCCCGCUCCGGCUUGCAGCAGCCGCGGCCUCGCCCAGCUACUCUCUCCCUGGGGGCCUCCCGCCGGGCCGGGCCGCCGGCCACUGCGGGGCCGGGGCUGCUGCUGGCCAGACCGCUGCUGUCCCUGGGGCUGCUGCAGCUGAUGUUGGGCUGCUGCAUGGUGGCCCUGAGCUUUGGGGCGCUGUCUCUCAGCGGCUCCCCGGAGGUGAAGCACGCCUGCCCCUUCUGGGCUGGUUCCUCGGUGAUUUUAUCUGGGAUUGUAGGAUUAACAACAUGGAAGAGGCCAAUGAUACUUUUGGUUAAUUUAUUUGUUUUGCUUUCUGUUAUCUGUGUUCUCUUGAAUCUGGCGGGAUUUAUCCUUGGAUGUCAAGGUGCUCAAUUUGUAUCCAGUGUACCUAGAUGCACUCUGGCUGAUGUGGGUGAAAGUAAGUUUUGUUUCUGCUGUGAAGAAUUUCUGCCAAUAAAAUGCACAGAGAAAGAAAAUGCAUUGAAGCUGUAUCCCGUCCAGUCAUGCAGUGCUGUUCACCUUCUCCUCAAGAAAGUUCUAUUUGCUCUCUGUGCUCUGAAUGCCUUGACCACAACCGUGUGUUUAGUAGCAGCUGCCCUUCGUUACCUGCAGAUAUUUGCAAGGAGAAGAACCAGCUCAGAAGAAUCCCAGGUUUAUGUGGAGGAGGUUGAAGAACAAAGCCACAUUGCUGAUCCUGAGGGGUUUUUGCCACCUGUACCACCUCCAUCAUAUUUUGCUACAUUUUAUUCAUGUACUCCUAGAAUGAAUCACAGGAUGUUGGGUUCAGAUGUCAUUCCACUGCCACAUAUUUAUGGAGCCAGAAUUAAAGGAGUCGAGGUUUUCUGCCCGCUCGAUCCCCCGCCUCCUUAUGAAGCUGUGGUGACCCAGAUCAGUCAUGAGCAGGAAGGCACAUUUCAAAUUACAGAAACAGUUAGUGGUCCAUCAAGACAAAAUGAUAUACAAGUGCCACAAGAUGAAAAUGUCAGUUCUAGAGAGACCACCGUACAUCCAAAUUUGAGUUCAGCAUCUGUAGAGACCUCCAAAAGACCCCUCAAGCCUCUUAGAAAACGAUCAAAAAGUGACCCUUUGCUGCAUGGCUUUCCAUCCAGAAAUCCAGUGCUAAGCUGUGAAGCUGCCACACAAACAGAAUUAAAACCAGACCUGGCUACUGUUGUUUUGCGAAAGAGUCUGAGAGCAAAGAUUUUGCGCUCGAGGCCGCGAUCUUUGAUAGACUACAAAUCUUACAUAGACACUAAACUGCUUGUGGCAAAGUUCCUUGAGCAGCCUUCCUGCAACAUAACCCCUGAUAUACAUGAAGUAGUAGAAGGCAUAAGGUCGGUUUUAAAGUCAGAUGAAGAGCACAUGGAGGAAGCCAUCACCAGUGCCAACUUCCUUGAACAGGUAAUGACACCUGCUUAUCCCUCUACAUCAAGAGCACAUACUUUCCCUUUUAGAAGGUGCCCAGGACUCCUGCACUUGGAGAGCUGCGGGGAUGUAAGUACUUUCACUGCAGCGGAAUUUCAGCUGAGAGAGCGGAAAACUCCAAGGACAGAGCAUGAACGGCCUCAUAGUCUCAUCGGAGUUGUACGGGAAACAGUGCUCUGAGCUCGUAUAUCCUUCCUGUUCAAUGAAAGGAACAGACCAAGAAUGUAUUUUGUGAACAUGCCAGCUGAUUGGAGAGCAAUGUGUGCUUUCUACUUAGUGCUGCUUUUGGAAAUAGUACUUGAAACUGCCAGAGGAACUCCAUAAAAACCACUGUUUGGCUUUUAAAGCAGUUGUCUUGAAACUGUGAUAUUCAAGUGCAAUUUGUAUAUUUGAAAUGUAUUUCUUAUUUUGGAAUGUGGUGAAGACUCAAGGUUGAGAGCACAUUAAUCUUCCUGGAUGCAGUUAAUUCUUUCUACUUAAUGUUUACUAGACAGCAAGUGCUUUAUGCCUGUAUUGUCUGUGCUUUAUCUUUCAGCAAAUACCUACAAUUCAAUCUUCUAUCUUGGCAUCUUUGAGGAAAUACAGGUUACAGUUAGCUUCUAUUUCUAACCUAAUACCAUGAAAAUGUUGAUCCCCAAAAAACAGAGCAGCCUUUCUUCUCUCAGUGAAGACUACACUUUAGUCCAUUGUGAAAACUAGCAUUGCACAUACAAUACAGUAUAUCAUCACAAGUGCCAAUGCAAGAGUGAUGAAAGCUUAACGUAACAAGUUCAUUGUGUUCUUUAGCCAUGAGACAAACCUGUCCCUCCUUCUGGCUCAGCAGCUGAAAUGACAGACACCUAUGACGUACUAAAUGUUGGUUUAGCUAGGGCUUCCUGCAUUCUCACCAGUGCAUUAGAUGGGACGUUUUGAUAGAUAAGGGCUGCACAAGCAUUUAUUCAUUUGUAAAAUAAAAUUUUGAGUACAAACUGCUAUUGGAAUUGAGAGGGGUCUUAGUGAUAUCAUGAGAGGCAAACAACCACUCCUAUAAACAGCUGCUUCAAAUCUGUCCCGCCCCCCCCCAGUGCUGAAACUUGAAAAUGAAAUGUAGAUUUUGUCUGAAUGUAAAGGGCAUACUUUCAGACUAGUCAUGUGGCCCUAAAAAUUUCCACCUGUCACUCUGAAGAAGUUAAUGGCCGAUACGGAAAUGCUGUGCUCUUGGACUGAGUUGUGGAAAAAUAACUCAACAUUGAUGCUUAGAGUGCCUUCUUAUGUGUGUGAGCAUCAUUCUCAUGCUAAUGAUUUUAUGGGACUGUGUUAAGUGGGUGCAUAUUUGUUUGCAGACAAUAACAAAGGCAUUUUCAAGUAUGAAAAUGUGCACCAAGUAUUCAUAGCCCUCUAAAACUAGCAGGGUAAAUAGCAAAUGUCUAGGUGUUUCCUAGUGUUUUUUAAGCACUUCUUGCAUUGUGGCAGCAGUUUGGUCCCAUUUGUUAGCCAGUUGCUGCCUUUACUCAAUGUUACAAAUUUGUAAUUGAAUACAUUAUUUUUGAACUAUA